AAUGUGACAUAUUGAAUAAAGGCUAAAAAAUGACUCACGUCUGCAGAAACUUUAUAUCUUAUUAGUAAGACAAAAAACGUUGCGAUACAGUGGUGAUAGAGUUACGCCCCCUGAUUUUCCCGCCAACUUCAACACUAUGGCGCCAGCACAAGACCCCAAAAAUGACAGCGAUGAUAAUUCAUCAGAAAGUUUUGUUCCACUUGCCCAAGGUCGUUCAAGACGUGAAAAGAAAGACAAGGGAGGUAAGCUAGCUGCUCUUGCCAGACUGCGGGAUGUCAAGUCCAAAGGUGGAAAGAACAAAUACGAUAAAGACGAGGAGGAGGAUGUAUAUGAGGAGGUGGAUGAGGAGGAGUACUCGGACAUCGUACGGAAACGUCAGGAGGAUGACUGGAUUGUUGAUGAUGAUGGCAGUGGCUAUGUGGAGGAUGGUAGAGAGAUUUUUGAUGAGGACUUGGAUGAUGACCAAUUUACUAAGCAGGACAAAAAGAAGGAUUUGGAGAAGAAGAAGAAUGCUAAUAUUAUGCGUCCUGGAAGCAAACCUAAGGCUAAUAUCAAGUCAAUGUUUGCUGCUCAGGCUGCCACAGGCAAGAGGAAGCCAGAGAAGGAUGCGAGUGUGAAGGGAGACGAGUUGCUAGGCGACAUCAUGACAGAGCUUCAUAGCGGCCCAUCUGACCUCAUGAGGCCACCACCUGUGAAGCUGACCAAGAAGAGGCCUUCUCUCCCCCCUGUCAGGCCCCCUCACAUGCCCUUUGUGACAGCCAAGCCUACAGGAUCCCCAGCCAUGCGGCCUGCCAAGCUUCCACAUGGAUCUGCAUCAUCAAAGGGCCUACCCCGUCCCCAGAUCAAGGUGGAGCCGUUGGAAGAUGAAGAGCCUGUGAUAGAGGAGUUACCAGAGCCAGAUGGAGACAGACGCCAGACAUAGAGGAGAUAGAGGAGGAGAAGGAGA